AUGGAGCUGAGUGAGUGGCUCGUGAAUCACGAACUGUCCGUGAAGCAGGAAAUCGACAACGACAUGUCGCAAAGUUACUACGAGUUCGUCACCACCGAUUACGAGCUAUCACCGGAUACUAUGGAGCAUCGCAAGAAGAACAUGAUCCCGCGCGUUUGUCAGGAAUGUGGCAAGAGUUUCUCAAGGGCCGACAGCCUAAAGAGACACGAGAGGCUCUAUUGCAGAGUGAAAAGCGAAAUUAAAUGUUGUAUUUAUUGUGGCGAGAAGUUCGUCAAGCCGCAGUCCCUGCGCCAGCAUAUAAAUGCUGUUCAUGCGGCUGAGCUAAGAGAUAAGACCUCGGUCAAAGAUGAGCACAAGUGA